AUGGACGUCGUUCUCUCUAACGCCACAGGUCUCUUUGCCGGACUCGCGCUGGACGGCACCAUCCUGGUGGAGCGCUACGACGCCAACAGGGACUUCUACGGCAGCAAUGUCUCCACCACUGACAUUCUGAGUGGGCGUGUUCCUGCGCCCGAGAUUGCUUCGCCCAUGUACGACGUCAUCGAAGCCGCCGAGGGGCUGGACGAGAGUGGACUGCCGGAUAGCGCGUACGUGCCCGGAGCCCAUGGGGAGAGCACUUCUGUUCCUCCGGCCAACGCUGCUGCUGCGGCCCACUCCGGCGCCGCUCCAAGCGAAGGCGCCAACCCGGCGAGCAAACCAGUUUUCGACUCUGCGGGAGCCCACAGUUAA